UCGCUAACGAAAGAAGGACGCCUUUGAUCAACCAUGAAGAAGCUCUUCAGUUCCCUGUGGAUCUUACUAGGGCUUUCAUUGAUUCAAGAAAUGGUGAAUGGAGAGGAAGAGAAUGUAGCAUUAAGGCAAAAAUCCACCCAAUCAUCCAUAUACAUGAACGAAUACGCCGAAUAUGCAGUUGAUGGUGUACGUGAAACCUAUGCCCACACUAACACGCAGACGGACCCGUGGUGGAGAGUGGAUCUGAUGAAAGUAUACAGAGUCAACAGAGUAGCCGUCACUAACAGAGUGACCCCCUCUUAUGAUACCAGGAUAAACGGGGCAGUGAUUCGCGUCGGGAACUUUCUGGACGUUUACAACACCACCAUAUGUGCUGUAAUUUCCAAUAUUUCAUCUGGAGCCACAGCCAACUACUCGUGUGGCGGUAUGGUGGGACGUUAUGUGAUUGUCCAUAUUCCUGGAGAUCUAAAGACUCUUACUAUUAGUGAGGUUGAAGUCUAUGGGUAUAUAGCAGGAAACCGGGCGUUAGAUGGAGCCGCUACACAGUCGUCAACAUCUGGGGACUGGUUUGCUGGAAACGCCAUUGAUGGUAAUCGAGGUUUCCAGCAGUUGUACACGGGAUGCUCCUCAACCCUUAAUCAGACUAACCCGUGGUGGAGGCUGGAUCUGCGUGAUAUGUACCGAGUUAGUAAUGUGGUCGUCACUAAAAGACGAGAUUGCUGUCCAGAACAAAUAAACGGAGCGGAGAUUCGCAUCGGGAACUCUUUAGCGAACAACAGCAACAACAAUCCCAUAUGUGCUGUUAUUCGUUACUUUCCAGGAGGCGAGACCUACAGCUACUUGUGUAAUGGGAUGGUUGGACGUUAUGUGAAUGUUCAUCUUCCUGGAGAUCAGAAGAUUCUUACUCUUUGUGAGGUUGAAGUCUACGGGUAUUUGGCAGAAAAUCUGGCAGUAGCUGGAGUUGCUACACAGUCGUCAACAUCUGGGGACGGGUUUGCUGAAAAGGCCGUUGAUCGAGGUUUCCAGCAGUUGUACACGGGAUGCUCCUCAACCCUUAAUCAGACUAACCCGUGGUGGAGGCUGGAUCUGAGACAUAUUUACAGAGUUAUUAAAGUAGUCGUCACUAACAGACAAGAUUGCUGCGCAGAACAAAUAAACGGAGCGGAGAUUCGCAUCGGGAACUCUUUGGAAAACAACGGCAGCAACAAUCCCAUAUGUGCUGUUAUUCCUGAUAUUCCAGCAGGCGAGUCCAACAAGUAUUUAUGUGGUGGGAUGGAGGGACGUUAUGUGAAUCUGAUCAUUCCUGGAGACAUGAAGACACUCACUCUCUGUGAGGUGAAGGUCUAUGGAGAAGGUCCCUGUUUAAAAAGGUCAGUAGUAAAAAUGCAGUUAAAAUCCAUCAAUGAUUUGACUGACCCUUCAGUGAGAGAAAAUGUUCUGAAACAGUUGGGAUCUGCUCUUGCUAAAAGAGGAUUCACAGGUGUGACACUGCGAUGGACUCAAACUCCUAAACGGGUGAUCCAGAAGGUGAACAAUGCUAUACGUCCUUGUGAGAAGAGAAAAUCCCCUUGAAAUCAACACUGUCUUACUCACUAAAUUUACAUUCUCAAUCAGAAAAUACCUAGCAAUGCUGUUGAUUUGUGAAUUUACACAUGGUUGGUCUUAAAUCAUAUUAAAAACGCCACAUAGACAUAACAUU